AUGGCAAACAGAACCGUUAAAGAUGCCAACAGCAUACACGGGACCAACCCGCAGUACCUGGUGGAGAAGAUCAUCCGGACCCGAAUCUACGAGUCAAAAUACUGGAAGGAGGAGUGCUUCGGUCUCACCGAUAUUCACUUUGCAGCAGUAAAUCGUGACCUUAAACCUCUCAUUUCCUCCCCAGGAGGAGCAGAUCUCCAAAGAGACGAAGCCCGUCGCCCCGGAGAGACCGCCAUCGCAGCAAGAGCCCCCGGCGCCAUCGCAGCCGCUCCAGAGACAGACGCCACCGCUCCAAAUCCCCAGGUCACCACCGGAGCCACAGACACCGCAGCCACUCCAAGUCCCCUGAGAGGAGUUCAAAGAAGAGUCACAAGAAGAGUCGAAGAGGAAACGAGUGAUCUCCCUUUUCCUUUUAUACCUUUUCCUCCUUUUUUUGUACCUUCGAUCCUGCAGAUGUGGUUCCUUCUCCAGGUGAUUUGGGUUUUAGAAGUGGUCCCCCUCACCUGUCUGUAAGUUAUUUCGAUGUAAAGGUCUCAGCAGGUGUUCAGGUCUCUAAUCUCAAUAAUCCAACAUAACUCCCCGUCAUUGAUGACUUCUGGCUCUGUGUUACGGCGUUCUUCCGUUAACGGUUCCCGCUCGACUCGGCCGCGGCGUCCCGUCCUCCUUUCCUCCGC